AUGCCAGACGAAACGGAGGAGACAGAGGUGAGUGAAGGCGACGAUUGUCAGGAAGAGAUCAGCACCACGAAUGGAGAGAUAUUGAAAUUCACGUCGGCUGCACUGAAAUAUGCUGGAAAAAGUGGAAAGAAAUUGAAAAACUACAACAAAUAUGCAAGAAUUGGUGAAAAAUAUCAUUUACGUUUCAAGAUGAUCAAAUGUAAUCAAGCGCUGGUAAAGACUAUAUUGCACAGUUAUGGAUUUGAACAGUGCUCUUCAAAAAAUUCAAAUUGCAAUAUCAUCUGGACCGGUUCACAUUUGAAACCACAUGUUUUGCGUACUAUGGCUUCAUGGCAGCGUGUGAAUCACUUUCCGAGAAGCUUUUUGUUGACGAGAAAGGAUAAGCUAUACGAGUGCCUAGGACGAGCUCAGACCUUGUUCGGAAGUUCUUACAACAUUAUUCCGGAAUUUUUCGUCACCCCUAAAGAUUAUCAAAAAUUUGUUGAUCAUUUCAAUGCACAGUCGCACGGUCUGAAACCUUUCAUUGUAAAACCGGUUGCUUCUUCACGUGGCAAUGGCAUUUUUAUUAUCCAGAGUCCUGGAGACAUACCACUUGGAUCUCCAAUGCUAGUUUCACGUUACAUCGAAAAUCCAUAUCUACUUAACGGCCACAAGUUUGAUUUGAGAUUGUAUGUAUUGGUGACGUCAUUUUAUCCAUUGAUUGCUUAUAUGUACAGUGAAGGACUUGCACGGUUUGCUUCGGAAAAAUACUCCAAUAAUGCAAAAAGCUAUGAACAGCACUUUUCGCAUCUAACUAACUAUUCACUUAACAAAAACAAUGGGAAAUUCAUCAGAAAUGAAAGUGCUGAUACCGAGGACUGUGGUCACAAAUGGACAUUAGGCGCUCUACUUCGAAAAUUGCAAAAUAACGGGAUAGAUACAAACUUGCUGAUGGUACGUGUAGAAGAUGUUGUACUGAAAGCUUUAUUCUCUGUACAGGGACAAAUCGCGGCAGCUAGUAAAAACGUUGUUGCGCAUUCCAGAUGUUGCUUUGAAUUGUUUGGCUUCGACAUACUGAUUGAUACUGACCUUAAACCAUGGCUUUUAGAGGUGAAUCUAUCACCCAGUUUAAGUUGCGAUACUCCAUUGGAUUUGCAACUGAAGUCAUCCUUAGUUUGCAAUGUUCUUACGCUUGCUGCUGUACCGCUUGUUCCCCAGAAAUAUACAGAAAGCCGAUUUCCUGUUUCUUGCGCUACUUUUUGUACUUCAAGUAGGAAAAGGUAUAUAUCAAAGGAUGCAGCAUUGUUCAUUGCUCAGCGUUUAAAGAAGAAGUCAAUUCGAUGUCUCUCACCUUCCUUCAGUCCCACCAAAAUUUACACAAAUAGCAAAGAACGUUCCCGAAAUAGCUUGGAAAAAUGGAAAAUGGAAUUUGAUCAUUUGGGUGCUUUUGUUCCAUUGUUUCCUCGUGAAAAUUCAUUCUACCUUUACAGCUAUUUAAUGGAAGAUUAUGAUACUAUCAAAUGGGAUGCACGCUUGUUUGAAGAUAUUUAUGGUUCUACAUUUUCGGAUCUUUUUAGUGAAAAAACAAUUAAACUGAUACAAAAGGAACUUAUGGAUUGCGAAAAUAUUGUGGAAACAGCCUCUUUAUCUAAAUCGGUUUGUGAGGCUCUAAUGCCGUCGCUAAAAAUGGCCAGGAGGUACGUGUCAAGAAUGACUAAGCCGGGCAUAAAAUACGCAAAUAAAUUGCCGAAGCUCCGGCCAGAAUUGCGUAAGAGAUCCGAUAGCUUUGAAGAAACGGAAUCUAAAUUACGGCCACUUGUGGCUAAUUAUGAUGAUGUCGUUUUUGCAACAAGUUUCCAAAUUGACCAUUCUGCCUUUGGAAAGGCACUUGUUGACGAAGCAAAUUCAAAAAUCCCAUUGACGGAACUGUCUGAAAUCACUGCCUUCAAUGCAUCAACUAGCCCGCUGCUGGAAAAUAAAGCAAAGCAAGGGAUUGACCCUAGUGCCGACGAAAAUGCUGAACCGAUGGUGGCUAUAUAA